AUGGGCUUCACCCAGAUGACGCCGGUGCAGGCUGCUUCCAUCCCACUGUUUCUCAAAUCGAAGGACGUCGUUGUUGAGGCCGUGACCGGUUCUGGAAAGACCCUGGCAUUCGUUGUGCCAAUGUUGGAGAUGCUUCUUCGGCGAGAACGACCCCUCCACCGCAACGAAAUCGGCGCACUGAUUAUUUCGCCAACGAGAGAGCUCGCCAAGCAGAUAUAUGACGUUAUCUCCAAGUUUAUCGAUUCAAUCAACGCACAUGCACCCGAGAGCGAUGACCGGACGAUCACACACAGUCUCUUUAUUGGUGGAACGGACGAGCAAGCCGAUAUUGCCCAGUUUCGGGAGCAUGGCGCCCAUAUCGUUGUGGGGACCCCUGGUCGACUGGACGAUCUACUCAAGCGGAGCCAUACCUUUAACACGAAGGAACUUGAAGUCCUCAUUCUGGACGAGGCCGACAGACUCCUGGACAUGGGCUUUGAGCAGAGCCUGAAUUCGAUCAUUCAGAGAUUGCCAAAGCAGCGGAGAACCGGUCUGUUCUCGGCCACGAUGAACGAAGCACUUUCGGAGCUGGUUCGCGCUGGUCUGCGAAAUCCAGUCAAGGUCGUCGUCAAGGUCGAGAGCGCAAGCGGCCGCCAAUCCGAACAGCGGACCCCGUCGACCCUCGAGAUCGGCUAUAUGAUUUGCUCUUCGGAACAGAAGCUGGCCCAGCUCUUACACCUGCUGCGCAACGAUGCAGACAAGAAGUUUAUCGUCUAUUUCUGCACCUGUGCCUGUGUCGAUUAUUUCUUCAAGGUGCUGUCAACGCUGCCGCAUCUCAAGUCCUUUACAUGUUUUUCGCUCCAUGGGAAGAUGGAUCCCAAGCGUCGAGAGGCCGUCUACAAAAAGUUCACCACAGCGCCUUCGUCCUCGAUCCUCUUGUGCACGGACGUUGCCGCCCGCGGACUGGAUAUCCCUGAUGUCGACUGGGUCGUCCAAUUCGAUCCUCCUCAGGACCCAAAGUCCUUCACGCAUCGUUGUGGCCGGACAGCUCGCCAGGGACGAGAGGGAAAAGCCGUUGUGCUGCUAACGCCCAAAGAGGAUACCUAUGUUGAUUUCCUGCGCAUUCGAAAGGUGCCUAUGCUCGAGAUGUCGCUCUUCCCCGACGACGAUGCCUCCACCAGCCCACGGAUUGAGCCAGAGCACCUUUGCGAAACAAUUCGGCGUAUCAAUGCCUCCGAUCGCGAUAUCUACGAUAAGGUUAACAAGGCCUUUGUCAGCUGGGUUCGGUCAUACAACGAGCACCAAGCCAGCUACAUCUUCCGAUUCAAAGAGGUUGACAUCGGAGGCGUUGCUAAAAGCUUUGGGCUUCUCAAGAUGCCUAGAAUGCCAGAGCUCAAGACCAUGAAGUACAGGUUCACUCCUUCAGCAGUCAACGUAAGAGCCAUCGACGGCAUCAAAUUCAAAGACAAGGCACGCGAGAAGCAGCGCUUGGUCAGACAGGCAGCGGUCGCAGCCCAGAAGCAGCAGGAAACCGAGUCUGGAGUCGUGCGCACCAAGCGGCCGAUCAAGAGUACCGAUGCAUGGUCGGAUAAAAAGUUGCAGAAGGAGAAGAAACUCGAGCGACGCGAGAAGCGCGGGAAGCGCAAAGAGGCCAUCCUGAAAGCCAAGGCUGAUGGAACGUAUGUUGUUUCCAAGAAGUCGUCCUCGAUGCCGUCCGGGACAGCCACCCAGCCCACUCACAUUGACGGAAAGCGAGGCUUCUCGGACUCUGACGAUGAUUCUGAUUCGGAUGCGCCCCAAACCCGGCGGCCGCGCCAAAAGACAUCGAGGACCGACAAGGCCCAGACCUCGAUUCGCGGCAAGAAGCCCCAGGUUCAGGAUGACUCUGAUGACGGUGGCUUCGAAGAGUUUGACUGA